AUGGCCUCUCUCAUCGGUACCCCAACAGAUGGGGCCCUCAGCGAAGAAGAAGAUGCUCGAUGGGGCCCCCCUGGGGGCCCUGGGGGGGCCCCCCUGGGGGGCCCCCCUGGCCGGGGCCCCCUUGGGGGGGGCCCCCCUGGGGGGAGCCCCCUCACCCAGGGGGGACCUGUACCCGGGGGCCCCAUUGGGGGGGGCCCCAUAGGGGGGGGCCCCAUCGGGGGCCCCGUGGGGGGCCCCAUGGGGGGGGCCCCCUUCAAAGCACUAGAAACACAAAUAAUUUGUGUAUCUAAGAGAGAAACAAAUAGCGGCAACAGGCUCAGUGCAAAGGAGGCUAUUGGGAAAGGGCUGGUGGAGAUGGUGAUAAACGUGCCGGGGCAGACAAACCACCGCGCUAUCUCUUCGGGGUACCUCAUCAGACGAGCGGCUAUAGAUGCUGGCGUGCCGCUGCUGACGGACUUGAAGGUGGCUGCGUUGUUUGUGGAGAGCAUCGCCAAGAAAAUAUAUAGAGAACAAGACAGACAGCCCUUCUGGGAGGUUCGUGCCUGGGACGAGUAUCAGCCGUAA